AUGUACGGUCUCCUUCUUACACUAGGCCUCACCGCCGCCGUGAGUGCCAAGGAUCAUGGUGCCUCAUACAACUUUGAGAUUGAUGCUAACAUUGCCGUAUCAAUGGGUCUUCGUUUCCGUGCUUUCCAUAACGAAAUUGCGUCCCAUGGCGCCUUCAUCAUCGCCAACGGCGUCAGCUACAUCGACGAGGACGAGGUGGUCCAAGAAGAGGACGACCCCAACAAGCCUCCCGCGUCCGACCAGGCCCCCGAGGAUCUAACUGCGGCCAUCGAUUGGGUCUAUGAGAAUGCCGGCAAGGGCGAGUAUCGCCAUGUAGACCGGACCCGGAUCGGCGUUUGGGGCCAGAGCUGCGGUGGCUUGGAGGCGUAUGGCGCGGGUGCCCUCGACGACCGGGUACACCACGUUGGAAUUUUCAACAGCGGCGUGGUGCCUGGAAGCCCGAUCCCCGUGGAUGUUUCUUUGAUCAAGAAGCCCGUCUUUUACAUUAUUGGAGGAGAAGGCGAUGUGGCGUACCCCAACGCCGAAGUGGAUUACGCUGCUCUUCCCGAGGGCACUCCUGCCUGGAAAGCCCAGCACCCUCUUGGCCACAGUGGCGGGUUCGGUGGCCCCGACGGCUCGAUCGGUGCCGUUGCUGGCAAGCACAUGCUCCACCAGGGGCUCAGUGCAGAUGGCAUCAUGUCGACUCCGACGCUGAUCACGGUGACGGGCACUCCCGUCGAACUCUUUCCGCUUCCGACGCCAUGGCCGAACAACCCAGGCUGUGCGGACCACAUGUACCGCGUCGGCAACAACGAUUUCCUCAAAUUCGAUCCGGAAUGGGCCCGAUUGUUCGACGCCGAAGCCUCGACAUGUUUUCCGCCCCAGGUGUCUCAAUGGUGGUAUCAGCGUGACACGCGCCUGCCUCUCACGGGUUUGGGUCCUGCGUUUGCGUGCCCCGAGGCCUACAAACCUAUGCUCACUGCUGUGAUUGACGACGAUACGAAAAUGACUUAUUGCUGCCCAUCUGGCUUCAGCAUGCUCAUUCCGCAGCCUCUCACGCCAGCGUACCCUUCUCAGUGCGUCUCGAGCGCGACGCCCGGCCAGGUCCUGACGAUGAUGACGUAUCCCGAAAGAGUGUUGACUUCGACGACCGUGGGGUCGGAAACCCCGAGAAUCUAUGCCGUACCUGUAAAUGGAUUCAACGUCAUAAGACCAUCGGAAACCACGGGGAGCGGCCCCACAAGCGGCACCACGAGCGACACGAACCGAAACGACCCAGAACCGACCGAUUCCGCCCAGAACGAGCCAGCCGAAGGAGCCAAGUCGGGGGAAGAAGCAGAGGAACAAGGAAGCGGCAGCGUUUCUCGCGGCGAGCUACCCUCCCCGCCCGACAUGUCCUCGACCGUCAUGUCCGCCAGCCCUCACGAGCACAUGGGGAUGUAUGUGGACCACAGCGGAAGCGGGUCUCCGCCCUACAAAGCCGAGCUCCCCUCAACCCGCCGCGACCAGUGGAAGAUUGCCAAUGAGGAGACCAUUGGAGGUGAGUUCAAGAUCUAG